UUAAUUUCAUCGUCAUACUAACAAUAUUAAACAUUUGAUUAAAAGUCAUAAUUCCUACGGCGACUAAAGGGCUUUGUCACUUGAAGGUAAACAUGUUUUUGGGCCACUUGAAACGACUGACGUUGUUUUUUCUUGGGGGGACACUUUGAACUUUUGAGGGGUCAGGAGCACCUACAGAUGGUUGAUGGUUCGAACACGAUGUCCUUAUAUUAGAUAUCCAUCUUCCAUGUGCUAGUUAAAGAUUGUCUAGGAUUGUUUUCAGGCUUCUGUUCUUUAUUAAGCGGAGCCUGUUGAGAGCAUUUUAGAGACUUCCUCUAGCUGAGUCUGACUUCCUGUUGGCUACCCUCUGCACACAUGGAUGAUAUGAAAUAAUUCACUAUUCACAACUGAUGUUGUCGGACCUGAUGAGGUAAUUUCAAGACUGUUUGACGUUCACAAUUGAUCAUUUUUCAGACAUUUCUUUUGUACUAAAGUACAGAUUUGGCCCAGUUUGGGACACAUGAUCCUGCAGUCCUGAGUGUGCUUACAACACAAAUACGCCAAAUUCCCCUCAACAGCCUGGAGCUGCAGUAGGUCUGGUUCAUACAGACAGUCUGACAAGCGAAGGAGCAUAACAUCCAAGCAAAGCUCUUGACAGAUAUUUUAGGUUGGGACAAAUAUAACCUCAACACUCCUGGCUCGACUUUAGCCGGAGAUCUUUGCUGCAUGUCAUACUUCUUAUCGCCUGUCUGUCUCUCUACCGUCAAAUGUCCAUUAAAGGUGAAAAUGUUACACUGUCGCAUUGUUGGGGAAAAAAAGCUGGACAACAUAUACAUCAACAGGUGUUUGAGAAAGGUAAAUAAUAGACGUGGGAAAUAAUUACACAGAUUGAUCAAUUUCAAUAAUCAAAUCUAAUGAAACAUGUAGCUUAGUAUUAGAUGCCAUCUCAUCGGCAGCAGCUUCUUGUGGUUUUGUGAUGUUAGCCGUCAAGUCACAUCCUGUUAACUUAAUAUAUCUUGCAACUAGUAACUUCAUAAGUCCACUGCCAUUAACACUGCUGAAACUCCCAACUUCCCCUUUAUUAACCCUGUCAAUUAUUUUUACAUUUACAUUACAUACAUAGAUUUAUGAUGAUUAUUUCCUAUUUUAAUCAAAACAAUGACGAGGCUUUCUAUUAUAUUACUAUUUUACUUUGUGAAAGGUUUAUGUCAGGGACUUUCUAUUAAUCCAAAGUGUAUGUUUCUGUCUCUCACAACUUGUUUGCUGUCAAAGAAGCAACGUAUAAUGAGGGAGGAGCUAUAAUUAAGAUGAAGAAAAAGGGGAAGAUAGGGAGAAAGGUGGGGCAGGAUGUUUUGAGAUCACAUACGACAGGAAUUCAAGAAACACAACUGCAGAGACAAACCGAUUACCGGAGUUUAAUAAUCAACAUCAUGAAGAGCUUUAUUCUACUCAUCCUCUCACUGAUGACAGUUUGUGAGGUCUCAUCUAAAGAGAGGGGACGCAAAGAGGACAGGUAUAAACCAAGCUCUGGCGAAGGUUCUGACUCGAAAGGUCAGGACAAAGUGAAAGUUGUUUGUGAGGUCUCAUCUAAAGGGAAGGGACGCAAAGAGGACAGGUAUAAACCAAGCUCUGGCGAAGGUUCUGACUCGAAAGGUCAGGACAAAGUGAAAGUUGAUUACAGCUGCAAGGAAUCAUUUAUUCAAACUGCGUACAGAACAGCUAAAACCACCAUCACAUGUGAAUGCAAAGGAAAGAAACACUCCACAGUCGAGUGUUUCUGCAAAGUGGAAGGUUCAACCUGUCAGGAUAUUUUAUCAAUAAACUCUUCUCUGAAGUCAAACGGGACAUUCACUCUCACAGAAAACCAAAGUGGCUUCAGCGUGUCCAUCAGUAAUGUGUCCUCACAGCAUGCUGGAGUCUACCGGUGUGGAGUGGAAACUACACAAGGAAGAAACAGAGCUCAAUACAGAUCAAUACAACUGAAGGUUGAAGCUACUAUCACUAACUUCACUAGGACUCCAACUAGUGGUGAGACAUUUACAUACUGGUGUAGAUAUCCAGAGGGGGAUCGCAAAAACAAAUUCAUCUGUAAAGGAGAAGAUCCAUCGAUAUGUGAACCUCUAGUACGCACCACAAAGCCCAACAACGAGAGGUUUUCCAUGAAGGAUGACAGCAAAGGAAAUAUCACCAUUACAGUGAGAGACGUAACAGCAGAGGACACGGGGACAUACUGGUGUGGAGCACAAAGCACUAACAAAGAACAAAGCAACUCAUUCUUCCACAGAUUUCAGAUGACUGUCGUACAACCAACAACAACCACGUUUCCUUGUUCUUCAACCCAGUCAACUACUGAAUCAGACUCAGAAACAACGCCACCUGAGCGUCGUGGUGCCGCUCAGGUCGUCAUUAUUGUGAUCGGUGUCGUCCCGCUGCUGCUGCUGCUGCUGUUUGUGCUCACUUUGAUCCUCAUCUACAAACGACAUUCAAAGAACAAAAGAAAUCCAGCAGCAGCUCCGCGUGUCAAAGAGGAAUACAUCUACGAGGAGAUACAGGAGCGCCCCCGGAGGCCAGACCCAAGAAAUGCAAUGAACACGAUUUAUACCACUGUCAACUAUGAGACGCACCGCGCUGCCUCGCUGCAUUACGCCACCAUCAACUUUCAAAACGGCUCUGGUGGUGAGGCGCUGAUUACCAAACCCAGCUGCUCUGCCUGUGAAUAUUCUACUGUGAAGGACAGCCACAGUCCAACCUCCUCUACGGUCAAGCAGCCAUCUUCAGAGGAUCCUCUCUACUCAACAGUCAACAAGCCACCGAAGCAGGUCGACACACACACACAUACACACGUCGCACGGACCUCAUCAGCAGCUGUGGCCUCCGGGGGCGCUCCUGUAUCUCCAAAACCAACAAAAUGAAGAAGUGCCUUCUCCUCAUCCUCUCACUGACGACAGGUCAAACGACUGCUGCCUCUGAUUACAAUAAUGUUCGUUAUAACAUAAGUGACAGGUUUCAACAUGGUGGUCUUAGUUACUUCUCAUGUUGUAUUAGUUUGCAGUAACAUUACUGUACAUCUUGUAAUGCACAUGUGAUGUCAGUGACUUUCAUUUCAUAGAACUUUGGAUGAUCAUUUUCAUACUUUCAGUUUAUGUCAGAAUUAUAUUUAUUAAGGGAAUGAAUCAGUUUAUGAGGGAUAGAUAAAUAUAAAAAAAUUAUCGCCAACUAUUUAAAUAAUCCAUAAAAUGUCAGAAGAUGCUGUUUUCAGCCUCUCAAAUAUGGAAAUGUUGUUUUAUAUCAUAUUUAAGUGAAUAUCUUAAGGUUUUAAACAUCAUUGGACUUAAAGAAACUAAGAUGGACAUGUUUCACUAUUUUAUAACAUUUUAUAAACCAAACGAUUCAUCUAGAAAAUAAUCAACGGAUUAAUCAAAUUAUUCAAAAAUAAUUAGAAUAUAUAAGGACAACAAAUAAGGGGAGGGAGAUUUUUAUUUUGAGAAUAAAGUUGAACUUUCUGAAGAAGAGUAUUGAAUAUGAAUGGACUUGAACUGGGCUGUAGUCAGAGGUCAGAGGUCAGAGGUCAGAGGUCUGAGGUCUGAGGUCAGAGGUCUGAGGUCUGAGGUCUGAGGUCAGAGGUCAGAGGUCUGAGGUCAGAGGUCAGAGCUCUGAGGUCAGAGGU